AUGGAGAGUUCUGAACUGGAUCUCAAAAGUCAUGAAGCCAAUUGUACUGACAGCGAUGAAGAAGGAGCAAUGAUUCCACGUUCCGGUGGGGAAGUGGUUGAUGAGAAUGAGGGCUCGAAUGAAGUUCUUAUUGAGGAGCUAGAAAAGAAAUUGUUGGAGCAAGUUGUGUACAGUGAGGAGGAGGCCUAUUUGUUGUACUGUGAUUAUGGUCAAGCAAUGGGUUUUAGCGUCAGGAGGGGAAAGCAAUAUUAUUUCAUGGGGACAAAGAGGGUUCGGUCAAAAUCUUACUGUUGUUCCAAGGAAGGCAUCAAGGACGACAAAGUUGAUGCCUUUGCUUAUAAAAAGCCUGAAACAAGGACAGGAUGCAAAGCAAUGAUAUGUUUCGCAUGUGAUGACAAUGGACAAUGGAAAGUUACAAGAUUUGUUAAGGAGCAUAAUCAUGAGAUGGCCCCGGCAUAUGUGAAGCCUUCGUUAAGAUCUGGACAGACAAUCUUAACUGCAACCAUUUAUGGCAAUAGUGGUGUGUCAGAAUCAUCCAUGAAUGAACGUGACAGAAUCCAGGAGCUAUCCUUACAGUUGUCAAUUGCAAAAAAUCGAGCUGCAACCUUUGAAAAGCAAGCUGCAACCUAUAAAAGGCAACUGGAUAUGAUUUUUCAGCACAUUGAGGAGCACAAUCAGUCCCUGUCAAAGAGAAUCCAACACAUUGUAAAAAAUGUUAGCGAGUUGGAAUCUGAAGAUCGACGAAGUCAGAGAUAA